AUGAAUUUGGUGGUCAUAGCCGCGUGCUUCGCGGUCUGUCAGGGUGCGAAGCUGAACCGAGGGUAUCUACCACCGGAGUCAGCGAAAACAGCCGGCGGUGAUGGAGACAUCCUCCAAACACCCUUCAGAUCCCAAGAACCACUCCAGGACAAGAGCCUACCCACACGCCUUCCAGUAGGAAGCUACGUCAACGAAUUCGAAGGUGUGGUGAUCGACGCAGACUCAGCUGGCACCAGAGCGACACAUUCCGGUCUGGGUAACCCCAGAGAGACAUACGGAUCCACUGACUCCAAAGUUGGUGAAGCUGCGUUCAGGGAGAGCAUUUUGAAUGCAAAUAAAGGUGUAAACAAACAAGGUGGACAAAAUGUGCCACCAAAUGUAAACGCAAAUAAUGCAAAAAACAAACAACAUGGUCAUGUAUUACCAAAUGUGGCUGGAGUGAGACAGCCUCUAUUACAACCAGGAGGACAUCAAAUACCAGUGCUGGAAGCGGAAAGAUUCCACGCAUCAAGGGAUCGCGCAUCCAACAUAAUCAAUUACCAAAACGAUAUAGGUAUAACAGAUUUUAACUACGCCUUCCAAACGGACAACGGGAUUUCUGCGGCGGAAAUCGGCAUGGCGAUGGAUGGGGUAAAGUCUAAAGGUGGUUACUCCUAUACUGGUGAUGAUGGGCAGGUGUAUACCAUCUCGUAUACAGCAGAUGAAGCCGGGUAUAGACCCCAGGGUUCACAUAUACCGACCCCACCGCCUAUACCCGCAGAGAUUUUGAAGGCUCUGGAGCAGAAUGCCAAGGACGAAGCUGCUGGCAUUGUUGAUGACGGAUCAUACGACGCCAAGAAGUACAAUACGGAUCGCACAAAAGGCAAUAAACCAGACAACAAGCAUAAUACGUUCGAGAGAAGACCUGCCUUUAACACCAACUCAGACUCCGGCUAG